AGUAGUAGUAGUAGUAGUAGUAGUAGUAGUAGUAGUAGUAGUAGUAGUAGUAGUAGUAGUAGUAGUAGUAGUAGUAGUAGUAGUAGUAGUAGUAGUAGUAGUAGUAGUAGUAGUAGUAGUAGUAGUAGUAGUAGUAGUAGUAGUAGUAGUAGUAGUAGUAGUAGUAGUAGUAGUAGUAGUAGUAGUAGUAGUAGUAGUAGUAGUAGUAGUAGUAGUAGUAGUAGUAGUAGUAGUAGUAGUAGUAGUAGUAGUAGUAGUAGUAGUAGUAGUAGUAGUAGUAGUAGUAGUAGUAGUAGUAGUAGUAGUAGUAGUAGUAGUAGUAGUAGUAGUAGUAGUAGUAGUAGUAGUAGUAGUAGUAGUAGGAGUAGUAGUAGUAGUAGUAGUAGUAGUAGUAGUAGUAGUAGUAGUAGUAGUAGUAGUAGUAGUAGUAGUAGUAGUAGUAGUAGUAGUAGUAGUAGUAGUAGUAGUAGUAGUAGUAGUAGUAGUAGUAGUAGUAGUAGUAGUAGUAGUAGUAGUAGUAGUAGUAGUAGUAGUAGUAGUAGUAGUAGUAGUAGUAGUAGUAGUAGUAGUAGUAGUAGUAGUAGUAGUAGUAGUAGUAGUAGUAGUAGUAGUAGUAGUAGUAGUAGUAGUAGUAGUAGUAGUAGUAGUAGUAGUAGUAGUAGUAGUAGUAGUAGUAGUAGUAGUAGUAGUAGUAGUAGUAGUAGUAGUAGUAGUAGUAGUAGUAGUAGUAGUAGUAGUAGUAGUAGUAGUAGUAGUAGUAGUAGUAGUAGUAGUAGUAGUAGUAGUAGUAGUAGUAGUAGUAGUAGUAGUAGUAGUAGUAGUAGUAGUAGUAGUAGUAGUAGUAGUAGUAGUAGUAGUAGUAGUAGUAGUAGUAGUAGUAGUAGUAGUAGUAGUAGUAGUAGUAGUAGUAGUAGUAGUAGUAGUAGUAGUAGUAGUAGUAGUAGUAGUAGUAGUAGUAGUAGUAGUAGUAGUAGUAGUAGUAGUAGUAGUAGUAGUAGUAGUAGUAGUAGUAGUAGUAGUAGUAGUAGUAGUAGUAGUAGUAGUAGUAGUAGUAGUAGUAGUAGUAGUAGUAGUAGUAGUAGUAGUAGUAGUAGUAGUAGUAGU